AUGAACCGCCAACCACCUUCCCGCCUCCUCACCACCUCCGCUCGCGUAUACCCCACCUCCCUCCCCCACCUCUACUCAGCUUCCAACAAAUCCACCAAGGGUCUCAAAUGGCUUCCACCCCUAGUAGGCAUCGUCGCCAUCGGCUACGGCAUCACCACCUACCGCGAAGCUCAGAUGCAACAGCGCGUGGCGGCCAUGGAACAAGCCGAGAUGGAGAGGCAGCGUCGUGCGAACAUGUUGGCUGACGCCUAUGGUGACCGCGGCAGUCUUGAGGAGCUGGAGCGGGCUGUUAGAGCGUAUGAGGCUCAGCAAAGGCAGUGA